CAGGCUGUACUCUAUAAAUGGGGGUGUGCUCUGAAUCCCGGGAUACAGUCCUUUCUGCUGUGAGGGACGUGCUCGCGCUCUUUCUCUUUCAUAAACUGUUCAGGAGAGCGACUGGAGAAGAUCUGUCCGUAUCAUUUGCGAAUUAGGCUAGCCUACUAUAUAGGAUGUUAACUUGAAGAAUGGAAGGUGGUGACGUCUACGUCUUCGAGUUAAAUACUUAAAAGGAGACAAUAACUUUUUACCUGGUUUCAUCGCGAUGAGGGUCUUUGUUUCACAUAGUUGAUAAUAUUGGCCAUAUCUGGAUUAUCUGAGACAGUUCUGGUCACUGGAUUUUUCUCGAAGGAAAGUUUAAAGAAUUCAAGAAUUUGAAAUGCUCUUAAAUGAGCUAUGAUGGGCACUUCAAGAUCUCAAAGGAAUCCUGAACGGUAGCGACCUCCUCCGCACCACCUGUCCACGCCUCGCCGUCUGAGCCCCGCCCCCCCUGUGAUGUUGGCCGUGCACCACUCUAAUGUCUCAGGCCCCGCCCCCCUCGCCCCCUCCUCCAAUCAGAGCCAGGGAGCCGCGGGGGGCGUGGCGGCGGUGGCCUGGACGGCGGACAACCGCACGGCGACGAGCAGGUCCGCCCCUGGCAACCCCGCGGCGCCCGGGCUCUCCAUGACGCUGGGCAUCCUGUCCAACAUUGUGGCGCUGGCCAUCCUGGCCAAGGCCUACGCCCGCCAGCGCCGCCGCUCCAAGGCCACCUUCCUCAUCUUCGCCAGCUCCCUGGUGGCCACCGACUUCGCCGGGCACGUGAUCCCCGGCGCCCUGGUCCUGAGGCUGUACGUGGCGGCGGCGACGGGUUCGGUUCGGGGGCGGGGCCCGGCUCCGGGACCCCGCCCCCCCGCCGCUCAGGACUCCACGGACGCCACGUGCCAGUUCCUGGGCGGGUGCAUGGUGUUCUUCGGCCUGUGCCCGCUCUUCCUGGGCUGCGCCAUGGCGGCGGAGCGCUGCCUGGGCGUGACGCGCCCGCUGCUCCACGCCUCGCUGGUCACCACCGCCCGCGCCAAGCUGGCGCUCUCGCUCAUCAUGCUGGCGGCGCUGUCCGUGGCGCUGCUGCCCUACUUCAGCCUGGGCGCCUACACCUACCAGUUCCCGCGCACGUGGUGCUUCAUCCGGGUGCUGGGCCGCACGGGGCCCGAGGACGUGGCCUUCGUCCUGCUCUUCUCCGGCCUGGGCCUGGCCUCCCUGGCCGUGGCGCUGGUCUGCAACACGGUGAGCGGCCUGGCGCUGGUGCUGGCCCGGCUGCGCCGCAGGACCUGCGGCCGACGACGCUCCGCCAAGUCCCACGACAUCGAGAUGGUGGUGCAGCUGGUGGGCAUCAUGGUCACCUCCUGCAUCUGCUGGAGCCCCCUGCUGACCUUUGGCCUGAUGUCGGUGAUGCAGUCCUACAGAGGCUCACUGGGGGAUGACCUGCCCACCUACGAGAAGCUGAUGGUGAUGGGUGUGCGCUUGGCCUCUUGGAACCAGAUCCUGGACCCGUGGGUGUACAUCCUCCUGCGCCGGGCCGUCCUGAGGAAGAUCUACCUCAUCACCAAGCGCCAGACGGCCCUGACGGGGAGCACCUUCCGCCGGUGGGAGGUCGGCUCCUUCCAGAGCUCGGAGAAGAACGCCGUCAACCGGUUAUGAGGUCACACACUCUGCCUGACUUUGGCCUGACCUUGGCCUGUCUCCGGCCUGACCCUGGCCUGACCUUGGCCUGUCUCCGGCCUUACCCUGGCAUGACCUUGGCCUGUCCCUGGCCUGACCCUGGCCUUGCCCUGGCAUGACCUUGGCCUGACCUUGGCAUGACCCUGGCCUGACCCCGGGUUACUCAGAAGAGUGGAGGACAGAGAGGGAGGGCCGGAAUUUUGUUUGGCCUUCCAGAGACAUCAGUGUCCUCCGUAGCCAGGCAGUUUUCCGACUCCGCCCAGCCACCAUCGCCAUGGAAAUCAGGAGGGGUCCGUUCCAGAAAUGGCGGAAUGAUUCCUCUCUCACAAACGGGCGCACCCUUCAACAAAUCUGGGAUCUGUAAAGUUAUCGCCUUGACUCUGACUGCCCUGCCAUCUUUCCACCCGCUGAUGCUUUUGGAUCCCGAAUUCCCCAUUUCUUGCGAACCCAAGUGUUUUCUGCCGUUAGGAAAUGGUUUGUACGGUGGAAUUUUGCUGACCAGUCGAGGGGAAGUGGCUCAAGUUUGGGGGUCAGUGAGGGGGUCCCAAUCAGUCCCCUUCAGAUGAACAAGUUCCCCCAUCUUUCUCAGACGAAAAGAAGAGCCAGUAUAAUAAAUAACUGAUCACAGGUCACAGAAAUGAAGUGUGGCAGCCCUUUGGAAUCUUCCAGCUUUAGUCAUAUGGGGUAUUAUUGCAUGUGGCCAAUUCUACCAGGAUUGUGCGUUGCAUCCAUGGACUUCAUCCCUUGAACCAACAUGAAUCGAACAACCUCGACAGACUCUACGGCAGUUUGUUUACUCUUUUUUUUUUUAUGAGCCUGUGCUUCAGUGUUAAAAUGUCAUGGAUUUCUUUUUGCUUGUAAAGCUUGUAAAAUAAUGUAUUCUAAACCAUGUUCUGUUUGUUUGUUUUUUUGUUAUUCAUCCCGUAACCUUCUCUAAAGCGGAAGGAAUGAAAGGACUGUGCCUGUACCCAUUUUUCCUGUGUGGACACAGGACUUACUGUGUUGUGUAAAGUACGAUGUGUGUAUUUAUUUUCUAUGUUUUCUCUUUUUUCCCCAAUUAUCUGGGGACAUGAAAUGAAGCUAAGCGAUGUUAAAAUACGUUGAAUGUGGCCGCCUCAAAAUGUAAAAACGUUUGUCAUUGGCUUUUCUCCCCUCUUCCAUUGAAAUUCUCUGAAAUGAAAAGACAGACUAGGUUUCCUUUUGCAUGCUUUCAGUUGCAGCAAACCUCAACCGUGGAAAGAGCGCAGGGGCCAAGUAUCACACUGUAAGUAGCUAGGAUGUGGCAAAUAGAUCAGAACCUCGGGAAAUAGCUUCUGACGAGAGGAAACGUGGCCAGAAAGGUGCUAUAAUACCAUGUGUUUGCAUAACUAGAACUCUGCGUCUACUUUAAUUUUAACCAUGGGAACGAAAGGACCUGCCAAGCAUGCUGACUUUCUGUCAAUACCAGCUUGUAAUGGUGCGGUAAUUGCUGUAAAUGGUUGGGGUAAAUUAACCACAGUUCGGUUCCCUUUCCAAGGUACUGUGCCCAGUGUGCACCAUAGUACUGAACACAGUAUUGUCAAGCACAGAGCUGGCCUGUACAAAAUCCAUUAGGAACAGACUCCCCACAGAACAGACCUGGGUCAAAUACAUAUUUGUUUUGGAUUCAAAUACUUUUCUACACUGUACUGAUCUUGUCUGGUGUAUUGGAACCAAGGAAAUACUCUCAAAAAGCGCAAACUCCGCCUUCUGGUCAUAUUGGCAGGCUCAGUUCACACCAGGCAAGACGAAUAGAGCACAGAAAAGUAUUUGAAUCCAGAACAAAUACGUAUUUGACCCGUAUUUGAUUUGGCUUGAACAAGUGGGAAACAAACGGCUGCAGAUCGCUGACAGGUGAAUGUAAAAUGUGGAGUGUGCCAGGAACAGACUGCAUGUUACGUGUGGUUCCUUUGCUACAUGAUGCUAAUGACAUUUGAAAGGAGCUGCGGUUAAAAGAUAAGCACAUGUGGUGCGCUCACACGGCAGGCUAAUGACAGUAAAUGUGUGACUUGCAUAAAUGAUAAUGCUAUAGACGUACCCUCCUGUGUGGUACAGGAAGUGGUUCCAGUCUUGCUGGGCAUACUGAAGUAAAUGAUCAAUGUGACUGUUGAAUGGAAAAUAAACAUCUCACUGAAG